UUGAGUGUUUCGGCCGUAAGCAGUCAGCAGAAAGCGCUAGGACCACAUCGCUACCGAACACGCCGCCGACAAACCCGGACCGAGACCGGCAUGACCCCGCCAUCCAACGGCCAAGCGGCCGAGUCCAACGAUCACCUCGUCCAGUCUGAUAACCCAGAGCACCCGGCGAACCUGAUCCCCUCGCUCUGCGCUAAGUUUUGGACACUCGGCUGGGUUACUGGCACUGGAGGAGGGGCCUCGAUCCGCGAAGAUGACCUCGUCUACAUCGCACCCUCGGGCGUCCAGAAGGAGUUGAUGAAGCCUUCGGAUAUUUACGUACUCUCCCUCGCAGCCCAAGCGCAAUCCCUCGACCGGCGAAACCGGGUCUACCUGCGCAGCCCGCCCAGCUACAAGCCGAGCCAGUGCACCCCCUUGUUCCUGGCUGCCUUCACGAAGCGGCGCGCCGGCUGCUGCAUCCACACGCACUCGCACUGGGCAGUGUUAGUGACGCUGAUCCUCGAGACGCAGGGCGCCGGGAAGGACCGGGAGUUUCGCAUCAACAACAUUGAACAGAUCAAGGGAUUCGGCAAGGGCUUUGAGAAGAGCGGGAACUUGGGAUACCACGACACGCUGGUAAUUCCGGUGAUUGAAAACACCGCACACGAAGAGGACUUGACCGAGUUCCUCGAGGAAGCGAUGGAUAAGUAUCCGGAUACCUACGCCGUGUUGGUGAGGCGGCAUGGUGUAUAUGUGUGGGGUGACAAUGUGCACAAGGCGAAGACGCAGUGCGAGAGCCUCGACUACCUCUUUCAAUUGGCCGUCGAGAUGAAGCAGCUCAACCUGCCGUGGAUAACCGACAUCGAGCCGGUGACGCCGCGGAAGCCGUAGCAGAAUCCAAACCCGGCUCCCAGCAGACUACCACAGUACCACAUCUCACACGGAGCGAAUUGAAUGCGUCACCCAUCCUCAGUGUCAUGGCAUGCAUUUAAUUACCAUCAAUUCAAACCUGCAAAGUUGCACAGC